UCGCCCUACGCGCAUGCGCGCGUCGCGCCCGGUUGCCACGGCUAUAAAACACGCGGCGCACGCCGUGGACGACAGAAAACGAUCAACGCGAGUGUGAUCAGUGCGAAUACUGCGAAUCAAAGCCAUUCAAAGCGAAUCCGUUGCUAGACAGCGAACCGGCUUGACGACAAGUCAUCUCAUCUUACCGGCGAUAAUUCGCUUGAGAUAUAUUUCUCACAUCUCUUUCGAGUCUUUCCUGAGGAAAAAGAAGAAGGAGUCAGCAUGUCUCUGGUACCGUUGUUGUUCUCCGACUGGUGGGAGGACCUGGAGUACCCGCACCGGCUCUUCGACCAGAACUUCGGCCUGGGCAUUCACCCGGACCAACUGACGCAUCCGAACAUCGUCGAGCGUUUCGCGCUGCCGCAACGCGACCGGCGUCUACGUGUGUCACCCUUGGCCUAUUACCGGCCCUGGGGCGAGCUGUUGCGCAGCAGGGAGGACGGCGGCAUGUCCACCGUCAAGGCGGACAAGGACAAGUUCCAGGUGGUCCUGGACGUGCAGCAGUUCAAGCCCGAGGAGAUCAACGUCAAGGUCGUGGACAAGAGCGUGGUGGUCGAGGCCAAGCACGAGGAGAAGCAGGACGAGCACGGCUGGAUCUCGCGACAGUUCGUCCGCAAGUACAUGAUACCGGAACAGUGCGAUAUCAAUCAGGUGACAUCGAACCUGUCGUCCGACGGCGUGCUGAGCAUCACCGCGCCCAGGAAGGACCAGCCGAAGCUGCAGAACGAGCGGGCGAUCAAGAUCCAGCACACCGGCAAGCCGGCGAUCCAGGAGAAAGCGCAAGAAAAGGCGCAGGAGAAGGCUCAGGAGAAGAAGAAGUAAAAAGUAGAGCCGCGCGAACGUAUAAAAAAAAAAGCCUUAAUCUAUUCUUAACGUUCACCGAAACGGCUGCCGGUGUCGGCUGAGAGUGUCAGUCCGAGACUGAUACCGCAACAGUGUGACGAACUAAACGAGCUCAGGGACAUGUCAAAGCUGGCGAUCAGGCGUUGCGUGAAUCCAUCGCCCGCCAUCAGCAAGGAUGACUUCCAGGUGGUGCUUCUUCGAAGUAUUAACUAUUCAUAUUGUUCGUUAAAUCAAUAUUAUGUUCCUGUGUAUAAUCCUACGGACGUGCGAUAGAUCUAUCGACCGUUAGAGACGUACGAACUUGAUAUCAGUCUAUUUUGCAAGUUAGUCCCUGUAAUAUGAUUAAAGUUACGAUUACUUAUAUACGAGGGGGUUUCUAAGUCCGUAUAAUGCAUUUAUUUAAAGAUUAUUCAUUUAAUUAAUUAUUUUUAAAGGACUGUCAAUUGAACCAAUAAUAUUUACUAUUCCUAAAUUAACUACUAUCUCAUAAAUUAGGAAACAUUACUUCUAAUUUCAUAAGUGCUCCAUUUUUUAUUUUUUAUUGAAAUUUAGUUUCAUCGAUUUCUGUGCUGGGCUGACAGAAGAAUUACUACUGAAAUUCUAUCAUGAACUUUCACAAUAAGAUAGAAUAGAUGAGCUAGGAUGUAUUUAUUAUUAGGUGUACUCGAAUAAAGGUCCUAUAAUUAGUGUUAAGUGAAAAGAAGUAUAAAAUUUUUGUUUUUGUCUGGAAUAUAGAAAAUUAAUAAUUGUAAAACUGAUGUAAGACUGCGAUUAUUUGUCAAAUAUAAGAAUUUUUUUUU